CUGGAGUGUGAACCCGUGAGCGAGCACGCGGGCAUGGGUUUAGGUCACGUUGUGCUGCUCACUUGCCUAGGGCGCCGACCCUGCUCUGAUGUUGGUCUUUCGGGUUGCGUAGCCGGCGUUGUGUGCCGCCUCUCCCUCCUGUUUGCUCUCCAAUUCUGCCGCUAAGUCGCGGUGUGUUUCGCUGCGAUUUGGUUUUAAGGAGGGGAUCACGUAGAAGGAAGGAGGCUGCCAUGGUGGCGCUGGACAACAUGGUUGCGGCAAAUCCUGCUCAGCAGGGUAAGAAGGCGAAGAAGAAGGAGAAGAAGAAGCGGGAGCGGGAGGACGCUGAGGUUGCAGCAGAGGCAGCAGCGCCUGUCGCUACCGUGGUGGAGAUGGAGGUGGAUGUUGAGAAGAAGAAGAAAAAGAAAAAGAGGAACAAAGUGGUUGAGGGUGCGGGCGAGGUCGUUGCGGUAGAGGCAGAGGAGGGAGUUCCAGAAGAGAAGAGCAAGAAGAAACAGAAGAGUGAGGUUGGUAGCGUGGCGAAGACGUCGGCGGUAGCUGCAGAAGUGGUGGCAAAUGAGAAGCUGAGUGUUGUUGUGACGGGCAGUGGAAGUGACAAUCCUAAGUUUAAGAAACAAGAGAAUUUCAAGCUGGAAGGCGUGCCGCCCACCGUGCUGCAGUGCUGUCAAGGAUUCGAGAAACCGUCGCCAAUUCAGGGUCAUGCAUGGCCCUUCUUGCUUGCCGGACGAGACUUGAUUGGUAUUGCUGCGACGGGUUCAGGUAAGACACUCGCUUUUGGAAUUCCUGCAAUGAAGCACGUGCUGGACAAAAUCACGAAGACGAAAGGGAAAAAGGCAGCCCCUGUUUGCCUCGUGCUCGCACCCACUCGGGAGCUUGCGCAGCAAAUCGCAGACGUGCUGGAGGAGUCGGGCAGUGCCUGUGGGGUCGGAGUUGUGUGUGUGUAUGGGGGUACACCGAAAGGUCCUCAAAGGAGUGCCCUCAAGGCAGGGGCAAGGGUUGUGGUGGCGACUCCAGGAAGGCUGCAGGAUUUGAUGGAGGAGGGUGUGUGCUCUUUAGACCAGGUUACGUAUGUCGUUUUGGACGAGGCCGACAGGAUGUUGGAUUUAGGGUUUGAACCUGCGAUUCGAGCAAUUUUGAGCACAUGCUGCCAAGUUAGGCAGACGGUCAUGUUCAGCGCGACCUGGCCAAUGGCGGUGUCCAAGUUAGCUAUGGAGUUCAUGAAUGAGAAAGACCCUGUGAAGGUUAUGGUAGGAUCACAGGACUUGGCAGCCAAUCAUGACGUGACUCAGAUUGUGGAAGUGAUCGAAGACAGAGCUCGAGAUGCCCGACUGGAAACGUUGCUUCAAAAAUAUCACAAGUCCCGCACGAACCGAGUGUUAGUGUUCGUAUUGUACAAGAAGGAGGCAGUACGUGUGGAGACUGCUCUUCAAAGGCGGGGCUGGAAAGUCUCUGCGGUUCACGGAGACAAAGGCCAAUCAGAUCGCACGAGAGCUGUAAAUUCCUUCAAGGAUGGGACGCGGCCUCUCUUGAUUGCCACCGAUGUCGCUGCUAGAGGACUUGACAUACCUGAUGUUGAAUAUGUCAUCAACUACAGCUUCCCACUUACUACAGAAGAUUAUGUACAUCGAAUUGGAAGAACAGGUAGGGCUGGGAAGAAAGGUCUUUCGCAUACAUUUUUCACGCAAGCUGACCGGGCCAGAGCUGGUGAGCUCGUGAAUGUGCUCAGGGAAGCAGGUCAAACAGUCCCAGAGGAACUUCUCAAGUUCGGCACUCAUGUGAAGAAGAAAGAAUCCAAGCUCUAUGGUGCCCAUUUCAAAGAAAUUGGCGCAGAUUCUGGAAAAGCGAAGAAGAUCACAUUUGGAGACUCCGAUGACGAGUGAAUGGGAGCUCAUGAGCCAUCGUUAGCAAUGUUUGGGUGGUAGCUCGUGUAUAGUAAAAGUCCUCUCAUGACAGCCGUGCAGCUGAAUUCACUAAUAUUAUUUCUAAGGAUCCAAAAUUGAUCUGAGAAGCGUGAGACUCUUAGAACUGAGAUGAGACGUUUUCUGCGUGUACACCUCCCAAUUUUGACUUGUUUCCUCUGCGCAAUUUAUUAAAAAUUGAGUUGUGUGGGACCCCCACCUCCAUAUGCGGUCGAGGAAGCUCUGAAACUUAAGUCUUUAAAUUACAACUUUCUAUGUGAUGGAGACCAUUCAUGUC